AUGGCUCACUAUCAGAAUGGCCAUCCGGUCUAUGGUCAGCCAAACAGUCCCUCCUCGUCCGCCGCCCAACUCGCUCGUUAUGCCGGCGCCUCGAACCACAACCAGCCGCUGCGGCGGAUGCCCAGCUACGACGUGGGCGAUGACGCCGCCCUCUCGGCUCGCACCGCCGAUGCCAACGGUCGAUACGGAGGCUGGUCCGGCGAGGGCUAUACCCAGGCUGACCCCCGGCACUCCCACCUCCCUGUGACCAAUUCCCCCCAGGUCCCUCGCAGCCGGGGCUCCUCGCACUCGACCUACCAGUAUCAAUACAACUCCUCGCUCGCCUCACCCACCCAGCCGACCUACAAUCCCCAGCAGUACGCCGUCCCGCCGACCCCGUCGCAGCUGAGCUACAAUCAGCCCGUCUAUUCGGGAUCCGGCAGUACCUACGCCGGUGGUUCCGGUGCUGGCAGCGUUGCGGGCCAUCAGCCUUACAAUCCCGCCGCCUACCAGUCCGCCGCUGCCUAUCCGCAGACUCCUCCGACGCCGCUGGGUUACCCGCCACCACAUCCACACCUGCCGCCGCCUCCGCCGCCCCGGGGCUCUGAUCACCCGUACGGAGGACGUCCUCCUCCGGCUGGCUCCUACGGAUUCCCCGCGCCCCAAUCAAACCUGUCGUCCGCGUAUCCCCUGGUCUCGCCUUCCACUCCCAGCGCCGCGUACGCCGUUGGAGGUCCCUUGAGUGCGGGCGGCGUCGGCUCGACGGCCUAUUCCACGGGGCACUCCUCUCCCUACCUACCGCAAUCACCUCGUCGCUCCGAGGCCUCCAUCGCCGCUGCCGUCGCGGACGACCACCCGCCUGCACCGCCCGCCCAUUCCACUGUCGGCGAUGACCCCUUUCGUAAGCGUUUGAGCCUCACGCGUCCGGGAUCCGGUCGCUCGCUCCCCACGCCGCCUACGCAGCAUAGUCAGUCACCGUACUCGCCCCGUCGCGCCGAGACCUUGACCCGACAUCCGCAAGCCCGGCCCUUGCCCGGACCUCCUGUCGACGCGGACGGCCCCGGAGCCAACGAGGUGGGAGGCUCGCCGUUUGACGAUUCGUUGGACGAGCUCGAAACCGUGGGGGUGGAUCGUCAGGCCUCCGGGGGCACGCGGUCGAGGUUCGGACCGCUCCAUGUGGACACGCAGCACAAUCCUUUCCGGGGCGACGGUGACGCGGCGCAGAUCAAUCCGGCCGGCCUGCGUUUGUCGCCCGACGAACGGCACACGCACACGAACGGGAAUAUGGCCACGGGCACGGGCCAAUACGUCAACUAUGACGCUUACAGCGAUGACAGCGACGCCGAGGCGGCCGCCGGAUUGGCCAUGCUGCAAAUGGCUGAGGAGGAGGACAAGGCGCAGGCCGAACGUUUGCAGGAACGAUCCCGCCGCGAGACCAACGCCUCGAUCAUCAGUGCUUACGCAUCACACCCGUCGGGCGGCGCCGCCUCCCCUCACCCGGACGACGGCGUCCUGUACGGCGGCGGCAGCUAUCGCGCGCGCUCCCAGUACGGCGAAGUGGCAUAUCCCGGCGAAGAGGAGGCAGCGGCGACAAACGGGCUCGACCGGGACCGACUGAUGGCCACAUCGGGCUCGCUACGCAGCUCCAACGUGUCGUCCGACGAUCGGGCAGAAUACUCGGAUGAUUACGACUAUCCGCCCGUCGCCAACGACAACGCCGCUGCCUACCCCUUCCAGCCGCUGCCCUCGCAUGCGCGCGUGGAUGCCGGCGGCACCGGCGGGCUAUCCGAACCGGGGACGUACGGGCGCCGCAUGAGUUUCGACUACGGGGAGGAGGCGGAAACGCCGCCCAUCCACCAUGCCCAUCAUUCGGACAGCGAGGGGUCGGAGCGUGGCGACGAGCCCGAAGAUCUGUUCUUCCACCCGGGCAUGCGCCCGUUGCCGCCGGCCCCCGUAGAACCGGCGAACAACGCCAGUCUGAUUCCCCAUCUGAUGCCGGCCGGCACGUACCACCGGCACGCAGAGCAAGAGGACUGGCAGACGGCUUCACAGUAUAAUCCCUCCUACCCAGUUGCUGCAGACUCGUACAGGCCGACCGUGCCCGCCUCCUCUCAAGUCCCACGGUCGACCUCCUUGUCGAGUCAUCCGAUUGGACCGCGUACUGACCCCCCUAUCAGGUCCAAAACCGAUGCCGACCGGGCCAAGUAUCGUCAGCAGCAACAGCAGGAGCUGCUGUCGCUGCGUCCCGAGUCCGGCUCGCUGCAGCUGGACGCACAGACGGCGGCCGCCAUGGCCCUGGACCUGCCUACCAUCCCCGCCGGGCGUCGCAAGAAGUUCAAUCCGGCCAAACUGUCCUCGGAGCAGUUCCGCCGCUGUGUCGAGCCCUGGGCCCUGAGCGCCAUCCUGAACUGGGUCCGCGAGCUCAGCGAGGAUGAGACCGACCUCAAGGAGCAGGCCAUCGUCGAGGCCCUCGUCGCCCUCUUCACCCACAAGGUGCCGACCAUGAACAUCGCUGACGCCGAGACGCUGGCCGCUCGCGUGGUCACCAACAUGCUGGCCGAGGGGGCAUUGGUGAAGGAGGAGGAGUGGGUCAAGUUCAGCUCCGGCUCGCUCUCGGGCGUGCUCUUCCAGGUCACCGGCACUGGUUGCUAUUCAUCCUUGCUCCAUGAGCAUGAGGGCGAGGCCUUUGGCCGCUGCUACUCCUUUCACUGCAUGCGCACCCUGAAGAAGGUGAACCUGAAGGCGCAGAUGAUGGAGCCGCAGAAGAAGGCCGAGGACUGGGUGACGUUCUACAAGGUCCCCAAGACCACCUGGGAGUCGUACCCGAAGAAGGAGAUCGACCGCCAGAACAAUCUGCACGAGGUGGUGACCACCGAAGACUCCUUCAUCAGCCAGCUGGACGUGCUGCGCGAUCUCUACCGCGAUCAGCUGCUGGGCAUGCAGCCCUCCAUCAUUCCGCCCAAGCGCCUGAACAAGUUCCUGCACGAUGUGUUCGGCAAAGUCGACUCGGUCAAGCGCGUGAACGAGGACCACCUGCUAGCUCAGCUCAAGUACCGCCAGAAGGAGCAGGGUCCUUUCAUCAUCGGCUUCAGCGACAUCUUCCGCGAGUGGAUCCGCAAGGCGAAGUCCGUGUACAUUGACUACGCCGCCACGUUCCCCUACGCCAACUACCUGGUGCGCAAGGAGGCCGAGCGGAACAUCCACUUCCGCCAGUUCCUCAACCAGGUCCGCGAUCACAAGCUCUCGAACCGGCUCAGCUGGGACACUUACCUCAAGGCUCCCAUCACGCGCAUCCAGCGCUACACCCUACUGCUCUCCACCGUUCACAAGAACAUGCUGAAGGACAGCGAGGAGAAGAUCAACGUGGCUCAGGCCAUCGAGGAGAUCAAGCUGGUCGCGCUGGAGUGCGACAACAAGGUCGGCGAGAUGAGCAAGAAGGUCGAUCUGAUGGAGCUGUCGUCCAAACUGCAGCUGCGGCCGGAGAUGAAGAAGGAGGUCGAGUUGAACCUGGAGCACCUGGGCCGCGAGAUAAUCUUCCGCGGAGACCUUCAGCGACCGGGCACGCGCACCCGCUUCCUCGUCGACACUCACGCCAUCCUCCUGGAUCACUACCUGGUCCUGGCCAAGGCAGUCACGGCCCGGGACCCUUCGCGCACCGUCAAGUACGAGAGCUACGACGUCUCCAAGCUGCCCAUCCCCAUGGAUCUCCUGGCUCUGGAGAGCACCAACGACGACCCGGUGGUCAAAUCGUCGGUGCGCGGCGUCGCGACGGUGACGCCGCCCCAGGCCGCCACGCGUGGCACUGGUGCCGUGCCUUCGAACUUCGUCCCCGGCGGCGGGACGUCGGCGCUGGUGCCGACUACCGUCCUGGAAAGCUCCAAGGACGACAAGAUUCUCUACCCCUUCAAGAUUAAACACCUGGGCACCGCGGGGACCUAUAUCCUCUACGCCUUUUCUGCCCAGAGUCGGCAGGAUUGGUGCGACAAGAUCACUGAGGCAAAGACGAAGCAUGCCGCCGCUCUCUUCACCCAGAAUGCCGAGCCGUUCAGACUCCGUGUGCUGGCGGACAGUGCCUUUGCUAACUCGGACUUCUCGGCCUCCAGUUCGGUCACCAUUGAUGGCACGCCCUUGGACAGAGCAAUCAAAGAGGUAGAACUGCGGUACCCGGCCUCCAGCCCCCGGCCUCAACCGGUCUGUCGAACCGCCGUCCACUGUGCCACCGUCUUCCAACAGCCCCCGGGUCGAAUGAUGUGUGCCAUCGGCACCGAUUAUGGCGUCUACAUCUCCGAUUACAAUGACCCCCGUGGAUGGACUCGGGCGAUUCCUAUCGUGCGCGUGACCCAGGUCGCCGUAUUUGAGGAAUUUAACGUAUUCCUUCUCAUUGCUGACAAGUCCCUGAUCGCCUACCACUUGGACGUUGUGUGUCCAGCCAGCGGGGUCCAAAAUCAAACCACAAGUGACUCUGCUCGCCGCGCGCCCCAAAAGCUCUCAGGGAGCCGAGAAGUGGGCUUCUUUGUCGCAGGACAUAUGAAGGAUCGUACUCUGGUCAUGUACAAGAAACGGGACGGACUGUCGUCCACAUUCAAGGUUUUGGAACCAGUCCUGCAAAAGUCGUCCUCCAGCAAGACGCGCUUCUUCCAAUCUCGUCGCUCGCAAACGGAGUUCUUCCGCGAAUUCGAUGAGUUUUACAUCCCGGCCGAAAGUUACGGCAUCAACAUGUUCCACUCCUCGCUGGCAAUCUCCACCCAGCGCGGCAUUGAAAUCCUGACGCUUGACAAGAAACAGACCUGGUCGGUCCCGGAUUUCCGAUCGGAGGCCCCGGAGGCGCAGGCCCAACUGUCAAGCAUUGCCAACCGGAUCGGCAACCUCCGCCCGCUGGGCAUGUUCCGUUUGAGCGACAGCGAGUUCCUUGUGGUCUACACCGAAUGUGCCGUCUACGUGAACAAACAUGGCGAUGUUUCCCGGAGCGUGGUCAUGGAAUUCGUAGGACGCGCCCAUUCUGCCUGCCUGUACGGGAAAUUCCUGAUACUUUUCAACGAAGACUUUGUUGAGGUACGCAACGCGAUGAAUGGGCGUCUCCGUCAGGUUAUCCCGGGUCACAAUGUCGUUCUCCUCGACGACGGCAGCAGCAUGCCUGGAUCCGGAGCCAACAGCGUUCCUACUUCUGCAGGCGGUGCCGUGAACCUCUCGAGCGGACUGUCCAAUGGUGGUUCUAUGGCCAGCAGCGGACGAACAGUCAAGAUCUGCAUGCAACACCCAGAGCAUGAACGAAGCUUGAUAGUUCUCGAAUUGAUUGAGAAUGAAGGGCAGAAGGAUUGA